AACACUCACAAACUACCGGGUCAACAACAAACGCCAGAGCAAGAACAACACAAAUAAAAUAGGUGUCACAUAGAAUUUCGCCGACAUUUUCACUGAACAUUUAAUUUGUCAAAAAUGAGUGUUCGGAUUUACGUUGCUAGCGUAUCGUCCUCGAAAUCGCUCCAGAGUCAGAACAUGAAGAUUGAGAACGUGCUGAAAGCGAACAACAUCCAGUUUGAGCUGAUCGACAUCUGCACGGAUACGUCGCUCAGGGAGCAGAUGAGGGAGAAGAUGGGAGACCCGGCGGCCAUACCACCCCAGAUCUUUAACGGAGACAACUACUGCGGGACUUUUGACUCUUUUAUCGAAGCGGUUGAUGAUGGUCAUUUGAUGGAGUUUCUCAAGUUAAAGUGAUGUGCUGUAUGUUAAUGUUUAUUAAUGAAGUGGUGAUCAAAAACAAAACCAUGGACUGAGACCUGCAAUAUACCUAUCUCUCCUGAAUGGAUUCCUCAGACAGUGGGCAACAUGUUAUAUGUACUGUGAUCUGCUUGCUUACUUAACUAUACAAUGUAUCAUUGUAUCACUGUGUAUUAUAUAAGUCACUUAAAGGGACGUGCAUUAUCUUUUAUAUUACAUGUAUGUUAUAAUGUAUUGUUUAACAUGCCUUGUCAGGAGGGAUUCUUUUUAUUGUCUUUAAAUAGAUGUGGGAUUUGUUUUUUUUCAUUUUAAAAAAUUGGGUUACGGACUGAACUGAAAUGCUUUAUUUUAAUAACUGCUGCCAUUUGUUCUGCACAAAAAAAAAAUUCUUUCUUUUAAAAAAAAAAUAAACAUAAAAAAACAAAACAAGUUUUUCUUAUUUAGUUUAAAAAUUAUUAUUAUGUUUUUCUAAAAUCAUGUAAGACUUUGUAAAUGGAUUAUUUUAAAACAGUAGCAUGUGUUCCUGUUAUACUGGAAAAGAUCCCUGCUGGGUUUUUUGUGUUGUUUUUUCUCCAUGAGAGGCACUUUAACCCCAGCUGUUACAAUCUUAAUCAUUAAUCUUGAAGGAUAAUUAUCUAAAAUUAUGCUGAAUGUGUGAAAAUCAUUUACUAAUAUGAUUAGGCCUUCCAUCUCUUUGUGAAAUAAUCAGAUAUGUUUGUAGUUUCUCAAAUGUAGCAGAUAAUGUUUUACUUUUAGUACAACCACUGUAAUAUGUAUGUACAUGUAUGCAUUUAGGUUCCUGUUAUACAUUUUAAAUGUAAAGCAUGAAAGGAGGGCCAGAAUUCUGGUCAUUUAAACCCCAUUUUCCUACCUCUUAUCAGCAGAGAUUAAAAAACAAAUGAAAAAGCCAUUUGAAUUUUUCAAUAAUUCUUAAUAAUAUCACUUUCACAAAACUGGAUUAAAAAAAAAACCCAACAAAAUUCUGAAUUAUAUUGUAACCCAAAAACUGGAUUUUUUUUCUCUACAAAAUUCCUAAUUAUAUUGCUACCCCAAAAGUCAAAUUUUUUUCUCCCCAGCAUUCCAAAUUAUACUCCUGCACAAAAUCUAAUUUUUUUUCCAGAAUAUCGAAUUAUAUUGCUAAUCCAACACUGGAUUUUUUGAGAAUUCCAAAUUAUCUCACUACCCAAACAUUUUAUUUUUCAAAAAUUCCAAAUGAUACUAACACUGGAUUAAUUUUCACAAAAUUGAGAAUACCUGGUAUAUGACUACCCAAAAACAUUUUCUACCGAAAAGCUCGAAGGAAAGCCCUUGAAAGGAAUCUGGGUUAGUUUGCCUAAUAUCAUUUUCAUUUCACCACCAAUAACAAUUAACAUUUCUAGUAAAACUUUAAAAUGGGAAACAAGUUAUUAAAAUUCAUUAUUUUAUGCUGUGCCUUGCUUGCAAUGUUUGCCUUAUUUCAAUUUAUUAAAUUUUAUGUUUCUGAAAAUACAUAAUAACUUGCCUUCAUGGGGUCGAGAUAAAAUGUUACAUAUGUAUGCAAGAAAAUAAAAAAAAGUAUUAAAUAAAUGAAAAUAAAUAAAUCAUGGUUAAAAGUUAACCCUUUUUCCUAGGUAGGUUUAGGUGCCUGAAAACACUUUUUUUCCCCUUUCUUUUAGGACUGUUCUAAAUGAUUAAUUACUAUUUUUUUUAUCAACCCCUGCAAUUGCCCACAGCAAUCGGCAAUGCCGUGGAUACUGCCGUGGAUAAUGCCGUGAAUAAUGCCGUGGAUACUGCCGUGGAGUUAAUAUUUCUCAGUGGCACCUUCUUGCCUUGGACUAUAUUCACUUUUUAUUUUAAUGGCAUGUUUUUUUUUUGGCUGUGGACAUUUUCUUUAUUGCAAGGGUUGUUAAUGGUAUCAAAGAAUGGUCCAUGACAAUAAAUAAAAAAAUCAUUGUAGAUAAUCUCCUCUAAAUGGUUGAUUAAGAGGGUGAAAAAACCGUCUUAGACUGUAGGUUGUUGCAGCUGUUAACUCCUUUCUCUCAGGUCAUGUUCACUGCCAGUAGUGUUUAUGUGUGUACUAAAAUCAAGAAAUUCAUUUUACAGGUCCAUACCUAGCCAAAAAUAACACAUUUUGGGGGAGAUGUUGCAAAAAUAAUAUAUAUAUAUAUAUGGGGUCAGUAAUAUACAGUGUCAACUACAAACUAAAAGGACACUUUUUGUAAUUUGGGGGGGGGGGGGGGGGCAGGUACAAGGUGUUUCGGGGGGGGGGGGGGCAACAUGCAAAAAGGGCACACACUGUAUCCAAAGUAGACUAAGUGUAGCAUGAAUUAAACACAAGAUUCCCAUAGUACUUUGAAGUUGGAGGGCCGGAGGUGUGCACCCAUCACCCCACCCCACCUGGGAUAGUGGACAGGAUCCUAAAUAUUAGAAGCGAUACAUCAGUUGUAUAUGCUUAAUGUUUGUAUAGAAUAUGAACGUUUUAUAUCGGAGUAAUCCAAGAUUAUUAUCACUUGGGGUGGUGGGGUAAGAUAACUUGUCUUUUUUUUUCUAUUACACAGCUUCCACAUAUUAAAAUUAACUUGCAACUUCCCAUUUAUAAAAUAAUUUAGAAUGCAAUGUGCACCCUUGUGUGAAUAUAUAACCUUGAAGAACAGGAUCGGAUCCAAGGGGUGGUGGUGGAAUUGCUCACCCCAAUCUCGAGCAUAAAAAAUACCAGUGUUAGAAAAAUGCAUGUAGGUGCCGCCCACUUUUUCCAAGCUAUACAAUUUCAACAAAAAUUAAUUGUAUCCUGUUAAAAAAAAGAACCAAGAAGCAUUUGUAUUUAAAGAAAAAACAGAAACGAAUAAAAAUCUCCAAAGCAAGUAAAACCAUAAACAUUGUGAAAAUGUUCUACCAGGCAUAAUGUUUGUGUAUUUGAAACACGUGCACGCACGCACACAUACACGUGUGUUCGUGUGUGUAAUGUCAAAACGAACCGUGUAUAUUAAUACUAAACUUGAUGGAUAAAUUUGUCACCACCAGCCCCGCCCGUCUUGUGAUAAUUCCUUUAACUGCCCUUGCUACUUUCAGUAUUAUAGCAGACAUCGCGAGUAGGCUAGAUUAGAAUGGUUCAUAGUUCGCUGGCUAGAGUCGAAUGUAACGGUUUUAAAUACUUCAGUGUAAUUGAUGGUCUUAUGACGACAUUGUAUGAUACUGCUUGAUACGGAGAACAGCCGUUAAAACAAUAAAAACAAUCACUUCUUA